AUGUGCUAUGUUGGUGCAAGUAGUACAAGUGAUGAUUGCUUGAAUUUCUCUAUACACCUAUCCAGAACACUCAUAGAUGAUAACGCGGAAAUACGCGCUACAGCCAAAUUACCCGUUCUCAUGUUCAUCCACGGAGGCGCAUAUUUCUUAGGCUCGGCAAACCGACCAUACUACAACCCGGAGAACCUCGUCCGCCACGCCAUACAACGCAGCACGCCCAUCAUAUCUGUGGCAAUCAACUAUCGCCUGGGCGCACUCGGAUUUCUGCACUCCAACCACGCGGGGAAUCUGGUCCUGGAGAACAACAGCAUCCACGAUCAGGUUCUCGCACUCGAGUGGCUACGAAUGCGCAUUGGCGGCUUUGGCGGAGAUGUUGAUAACAUUACCGCUAUCGGGCAGAGCGCAGGGGCUGAAAGUAUUUCAGUGCAGACUAUGCACACGCCGCUGUUCAAGCGCGCUAUCAUGUUCUCCAGGACGCCCGUUACGAUGCCUGCCAUGACGCCGAAUGAGCACGAUGCCAACUUUCUAGAGCAGGCGAAGAAACUAGACGCAGAACUUGUUGCAAACGAUAUGAUAAAUGUUGAUGUGUCCAAGAUCAGGGAUCUAGCCUGGGUCGGCCUGCCUUAUACGAACAGUACAUAUUUUCCCUUUGAGCGACCGAGUAUGCAGCUAGCAAGGCAAGGAAAAUUGGCUCCUCGAAACUGGCGUGAAUGGGCGAAACCGGUCGAAGCGCAGAUUAUCGGGUCGACUACGUAUGACGGCGGGAUAUCCUACAACAUGAUGAGCAAAGACACCAGUAGAAGUGGUCAUGCUGAAGCCUUCACCAACAUUCCUCAAGACGUCUUGGGUGCUAGAAACGGUACAGCCCUCUUAGACUUGUAUGGUAUCAAUUCCACAGCCAACGACACAGACGCUCUCCAGCGCAUCUGUCUAUUCGAAAGCGACAUUGGCUUCUUUGCCGCAGCGCUGAGUCUCGCUCAAGCAGACCUCGUAUCCGCCACCUAUUUCCACGUCUUCGACCUUGGCAACCCGUUCGCAGGUCCAAUACGCAACCACGGGGCAUUUGCAACGCACACUUUUGACAUUGCUACGUUGCUUGGUGGAGACCACGAGGACAAACUACCCGCGCACUAUGCACUUGUGCUUUCGCAGUGGCGUGAUCGUAUUCUCGACUUUGUCGUCGAUCGAACGCCACCGUGUGCGAGAUAUACAUGA